GAUCAAAUCUCAUUUCUAAGCUUCUCGUUUCUCCCUUGGAGCGAAUUGUAAUCAUUAGACAAACGCAACCUUUUUUUUUCAGAAACGUUUUGCUCCACUCCUCCUUUACGUACUCAAAUAUAGUAAGAGGUAUAUACGCCAACCAAGGCCUGACGUCCCUCUGGUGGGGGUACCAUGCAAGCAUAUGGAACUUCCUUUCCUUCAGCUUUUUCAGAUUACUCUUUCACGAUAAGAUCAAGUACAACCUAGCGAUAGAAAACAGCAAAAAGAACUACCUAACAACCUUCUUCCUCCUAUAUACCUCCAGUUGCUUGGCAGCUGUGAUUGCAUACCCGCUGGACACCAUUCAUAAUUGCAUGGCACUAAACCAUGAAACAGUUAAGAAUAAAAAGCUCACCAGCAGGGGCAUUUUCCUUUUCAUAUACGAUUUGAUUCUAAAAAAAAAAAUUAAACACCUGUACGCUGGGUACAGCCUGUGCCUACUAAACUUUAUCCCUUAUUUGCUCAUCUCAAUAAAGCUGAAUGAAAUUUUUACCAAGUACUUUAUCGAAUUCAAUUCUCACCAAAAAGAUGGCGAUUCCAAACAGGGGGGAGAACAAUAUGCUGAUAGAAACAUAAGUGAAGACUAUCAAAGACUGUUUAAAAAAACGCCAAACGUCUUGUCCUACAUUUUCCUGGGUGUACUCACCGGGUACAUAUCACAAGUGGCCACGUACCCCCUGGAGACCAUACGAAGGAAGUACCAGUACCACGUCAUAUAUGAAAAGAAUUUCCCCCAAACAUUAAUGUAUAGUAAAAAUUGGAAUGUGAAGAAGCCACAAAAACUUAUCACCAAAAUUUCGAAUGUAUACAGGGGAUUUUCCUUGCAUACCUUUAAAUUAAUUCCAGAGUAUUUAAUAUUCAGUUGUUUUUUUUACUACGUUAAGAACAAUAUACCUAUAU